AUGGAUGACUUCCGAGCAAUGCCUGACGAUGAAGCCAUUGCAACUGCCGUGUCCAGCGUUUUGACUCUGUUCGAUUUCGGCGUGCAGAAUUUGAAGCCACUGCAGAUGCUAUCUCUUCGCCUCCUAGUCGGUAGACGGGACGUCUUCGCGUGCUUUCCUACGGGCUUUGGAAAGUCGCUAAUUUUUCAUCUUCUCCCGCACGUUUGUGCCCGACUAGCAGCCAAUGGCUUCCGGCAAUAUCCCGCGGAUUCUGUGGUGCUUGUGGUGACUCCAUUGAAGUCGCUGAUGAGAGAUCAGGUCGCUAUUUUAAAGCGCAAAGGGUUUGCAGCUGCCUUUGUUGGUGAGUCGGAUUCGUCAGACGCUGCUAUCAAGGUAGGGAAAUUCCCCUAUGUCUAUGUAAGCCCCGAAGUGCUUGUCGGCUCACGCGAGUGGUGA